GCCGCCCCGCCCCGCCCCGGGACGCGGCUACAUAGGCUGGGCCGGGGCAGCGGCGCGGCUCGGCGCCCUGGCCACUCGCUGCCUGGCGGGCAAGGGGCGGCGGCGGCAGUAGCGGCAGAGGCGGCGGGGUCUCCCCGGCUGCGGGGCUGGCGUCUGCCAGCUGCUGACCUUGAAACAAUGCAUCACAACGAUAAGAGUGGGAUCUCCCAACCUGGAAGUUGGGAGAUCCGCCGGGUUGCAGCUGGGCCUUAUUCCAACCAAAAUCCCCCACCGAGGGCCGUACUUGGGCUGCUGACCGAGAAUGGGCAGUGCUUGAGGGCAUGUGGCCAGGGUACCACAAUAGUCAGACGCUUCUCUGGCUCUGAAAAUGCUUUCCCUCCAUCUGGAAAGAAUAUAUUGCCCAGCUGUGUGGUCAAUGUAACAUCCAAGCAAGGGUUUUCUAUAUAUGUAGAUGAACCAGAGCAGAAAGACAGAUGCAGCUGCACAGUUGUAGAAGAGGUGGAAUCCAGCCUGUGUGAAGUGGAUACUAGCACAAUGAAGCCCAAUAUUCAUCUGCUGUUGGAUUUGAGUACAGGUUCUCCUAUGUUGGUGGAUACAUCAUUGCAGUCACAACAUGAAGUUUAUGUGGAUAACAUCGUGGAUGUAAUGAAUGUGGGAGACUAUGCAGAAGACAUUCAUCAGUACCUUAGAGAAGCUGAAGUAAGAUACAGGCCAAAACCAUAUUACAUGCGAAAGCAGCCAGACAUCACCUCAGGGAUGCGUGCAAUCUUGGUGGACUGGCUGGUGGAAGUUGGGCAAGAAUACAAACUUCGUACUGAAACACUGUACCUAGCUGUCAACUUUCUGGACAGGUUUCUUUCCUGUAUGUCUGUCCUCAGAGGGAAGCUGCAGCUUGUGGGAACAGCAGCAAUCCUUCUGGCUGCGAAAUAUGAAGAGAUCUACCCUCCGGAGAUAGAGGAGUUUGUGUAUAUAACCGAUGAUACUUACACAAAGAGACAGCUAUUAAGAAUGGAACACCUGCUCCUGAAAGUACUAGCUUUUGACUUGACAGUACCAACUAUCAACCAGUUUCUCCUUCAGUAUUUACAGAGACAUGGAGUCUGUGUCAGGACAGAGAACUUUGCAAGGUAUGUAGCAGAGUUGAGUCUCCUGGAAGCUGAUCCAUUUCUGAAGUACCUUCCUUCGCAAACUGCUGCAGCAGCUUACUGUCUAGCAAAUUACACUGUGAACAGGCAUUUGUGGCCAGAAACACUUGCUGCAUUCACUGGGUAUUCGCUAAGCGAGAUAGUGCCUUGUCUGAGUGAUCUACAUAAAACAUGCCUUGAUGCUUCUCAUCGACCACAGCAAGCAAUUAGAGAGAAAUACAAGCUGUCAAAGUACAUGCAUGUAUCCUUUAUGGAGCCACCAGCAGUUCUUCCUCUGCAAUAAAUGCCAGUGAACCAACACACUGA